GGAAAUGAUACAGGAAAGUUCUACGGAGACGGGUUAUGAAAAUGAAAUAGAGGAAUAUAAAUCAUCUAAUCCUAGUAGAACUCUAAAACAAAAUGGUAAAUCUGAAGACGAUGUUGUUCUUUUUGAAGUAGGAGAUCCUACAAAUCCUUUUAACUACAGCAGUCUAAAAAAGUGGUUCAUUUUUACUGUCAUUUCACUUAACACAUGGUGGUUGAUCUGUGGUAGUACAAUUUUUGUUCCCGCAACGCCAGUCAUUGAAGAAGAGUUCGGUACAGGUUCGAUAGUUAUGAAGGUUCCGAUAGCUAUGUAUUUAAUUGGUAAUGGAAUUGGUCCGGUUUUCCUUAUCUCUCUGAGUGAAGAUUAUGGACGCAAGAUUGUCGCGAUUCCUUCAUUGAUACUCUGCUAUAUUUUCUUCAUUCCACAAGCGUUAUCCAAUAAUGUCGAAACUAUCGCCAUUUGCAGAUUUAUAUCUGGUUUCUUUGCCUCACCAAUGAUGAAUUUUGUAGCUGGUGUUCCAGAUCUAUGGCGUGGAGAAACUGCUGGUCUAUGGGCUGUCAAUAUCUGGGCAUUUAGUUGCGAAUCGAUCAUGCUAGGCUCAGUCAUUGGAGCUUAUGUCCUCGAUGGUCUCGGUUGGAGGUGGACUUUCUGGAUUCAGAUUAUCGUUGGUGCACCACUCGCAUUAAUUUACGCAAUAUUUGUACCAGAAACACGUGGUUCUGUGAUACUAAUAAACAAGACGAAAGAAAUACGUAAGAAGGAAAACCCUAAUGCCUGGACAAUCUAUGAGGAUGACAAGAGAGACUUAAAAUCGAUAAUGAGAGAAGUAGUUCUUAGACCAGUUGUGAUGCUCUUCACUGAACCAAUAGUCUUAUUUUUCAGCUUAUACGAUGGGCUAAACUAUGGUUUAAUUUAUUUGUUUAUAGAAUCUAUGCCGCUAGUUUUUGCCCAAUUCGGCAUCGAGGCACCAAACAAUUCGCUCUUAUAUUUGUCAAUCCUGCUUGGAAACUUCUUAGCAGUGCCAUGCUACCAUUUUCAACUAAAAGCACAGAAUUAUUACACUAAAAAGCACGGCUCGUACACCCCAGAGAUAAAACUCUUGUGGGGUUUCGUAGGUGCCAUCUUUUUUCCCUUGUCGUUAUAUUGGUACGCUUUCACUGGUCGUCCAGAGUAUAAUUAUUGGUUACCCACAGUUGGAGUUGGAGUAUUCGGAUUUGCUUCACAUGUUCUCUUCAUUUUUGUCAGCGACUACACUAUUGACUCAUACGCAAGUCUUGCUAGCUCUGCCGUUACUGGACAGUCAUUAUGUAGAGAAAUCAUAGCCGCUACGUGUGCACUAGUGACCCAUCUAUUUUAUACGCAUGUGGAUUAUCCAAUUGCAAGUAUCAUUUUAGCUGCGAUUGCAACCAUUUCUAUGGUUCUACCUCCGAUUUUCUACUUCUAUGGACCUAGAAUUAGAGCAGCUAGUAGAUACUCCCUUGAAUUAAAGAGAUUAGCAGAGGAAGACCGUAAGAGGGAGGAAUGGAUAACGGAACGUUCAGCAAAGUUAACCAAGAUUAAACAUAGAGUUUGAACCGCAUUCAUGUAAAAUUGAGGAAUGAUGUUGUACGCUAACCUAUUGUAAUUAUAAUUGAAUAUCAUCAUCAAUCAAUAGCCUAAUAAACGACCAUUGAUACAAGUUAAAUACUUAAUUUCUAAGACCUACCAUGCACUGUAUGCUUAUGAUUUUUUGAUAAAGCAAAUUACUGGAACUUAUUAUAAUAAAAGAAAGUAACUAUCGAUUUAACUACCAAAAAAUUUUCUGAUAGUGCGUGAGACAAACUGAGUCUUGUUCGUGACAUCAUGUUAUUUAGUGCGAGUUUGAUUUCGCUAAAAAUCUUCAUAAAUAUUCAUAUGUCCUCCGAUCCAUUAAUAUAUUUCAAGUACAGCGAUGAAAUCUUCUUUGGAGGAGGUACUAGAUAGCCCGAAAGAUGAAACAUUCUACUACAAUACAGAUGAAUUUAAGCCGGCCAACCCAAGUGAUACUUUCACGUCUAACGGUAAAUCCGAAGAGGAUCUAGUACUCUUCGAAGUAGGAGAUCCCUUAAAUCCAUUUAACUACAAUAGUACCAAAAAGUGGUUUAUUUUUACUGUUAUUUCAAUCAACACUUGGUGGUUAAUUUCUGGUAGUACGAUUUUUGCCCCUGCAACUCCAAUAAUACAGGAAGAAUUUGGUACAAGUUCGAUAGCUAUGAAAGUUCCGAUAGCUAUGUAUCUCGUUGGAAGUGCAUUUGGUCCGGUUCUUCUAAUUUCUUUGAGUGAAGAUUACGGUCGAAAAAUUGUCGCAAUCCCUUCGUUAAUUCUUUGUUAUAUCUUCUUCAUACCACAGGCUUUGGCUCAAAACGUUGAAACUAUCGCAGUAUGUAGGUUUUUGUCUGGUUUCUUUGGUUCGGUUUUGUUGAAUUAUGCUUCUGGAAUUCCUGAUUUAUGGCGUGAUGAAACCGCUGGGCUAUGGGGAGUAAAUCUUUGGUCAUUCAGCUGUGAAGCGAUUAUGUUAGGCUCCAUUAUUGGGGCAUAUACCCUCGAAAACCUUGGAUGGAGAUGGAAUCUUUGGAUUCAAAUUAUCAUUGGUGUACCACUUGCAUUAGUUUACGCGAAAUUCGUACCAGAGACACGUGGUUCUGUGAUAUUAAUAAACAAAACGAAAGAAAUACGUAAAAAAGAGAACCCUAAUGCUUGGACCAUCUAUGAGGGUGAUAAGAGAGAUCUCAGAACUCUACUCAGAGAGGUGGUUUUCAGACCAAUAGCAAUGUUGUUCACUGAACCUAUUAUUUUCUUCUUCAGCUUAUACGACGGUCUUAAUUAUGGUCUGAUUUACUUGCUGAUAGAAUCUAUGCCGUUAGUUUUCGAGCAAUUUGGUAUUGAGGCACCAAACAAUUCACUUCUAUAUUUAUCAAUUUUAACAGGAAAUUUCUUAGCAUUGCCCUGUUAUCAAUUUCAAUUGAAAGCACAGGAUUAUUACACUAGAAAGCAUGGCGCAUAUACACCAGAGAUGAAGCUAAUGUGGGGUUUCGUGGGCGCCGUAUGCUUCCCCCUAUCACUAUACUGGUACGCCUUUACUGGUCGACCGGAAUACAACUAUUGGUUACCAUUGAUUGGUGUUGGAAUUUUCGGAUUCGCUUCUCAUAUACUAUUCAUAUUCGUUAGUGAUUACACCAUUGAAUCAUAUGCUAGUCUUGCUAGCUCUGCUGUAACUGGGCAGUCAUUCUGUCGCGAGAUCGUAGCGGCUAUGUGUGCAUUGAUCACCCAUCGUUUCUACACAAGUGUAGAUUAUCCAAUCGCAACUGUAAUAUUAGCGGCUAUGGCAACAGCAUCGAUGCUUAUACCACCUAUUUUUUAUAUUUAUGGACCUAGAAUUAGAGCCGCUAGUAGAUACUCUCUCGAGCUGAAGAGAUU